GUCAUAUGAAUUUCCAGCGAAGAGAAGGCUAUGAAGUGCCACUCGGAAGGAGUAAAAAAGAUUUCAACACAGAAUAGAGAUAUAUAUGUAUUUUACAAGUCAAAAUGGAACCAGCAACCCGAAAACGUAAGACUCCGUUUAGCCAGGAUAAUAAACCUGUGACCAAAAGGACUUGUACCUUGUCAACAAAAUUAACGAAGUCACCCAACUCCACACUAAUUCAAACGGUUAAAAGACCCCUUAAGAAGUUCUCUUCAGAUCUUUCGAAUCUCCCGCCAGUUCCCGCAGUCGAUGCUUUUGAGCGAGGAUAUCAAGUAGAAGUGAUUUUAGAUAUGGUACAAAACUCUCACAAGGAGCAGUUUCUCUACAUCAAGUUUAAGGAUCUGCAUGAGCCCGAACUGGUUCCUUUGGAACUUGCCUUGGAUCGUGUCCCCCACCUGCUCUCCGCUUUCUACCAGGAAUAUGUCCAGGCCUGGGAGAAACUGGAACAGCAGUAGAAGGACACUUCCCCCUGAAAAUUUAAGGAAGAAAUUGCACACUUUAAGCGAAGUGCGAAACUGCCACGCAUUUAUGCCGCAUCCUUUUGUGCAGUCCCGCGUCGAGUUUUAAAUAAUUUUAUGCCUAUUUGCCUCGUGCAGCUCGCAAAAUUUCACACCUCAGCCAUCAAAAGUUUGGGGCGGACGUGCGUGCCAGAAGUUUCUGCCAUACGCAAAUAAAGGAUACCGAAAGGAUACAGAAAAUGUUUGAGCAUGGGCGUGGUUAGACUA